UGAGUAAAUCUUGUACUUCUUACCUUGUAACCAGUUCUACUUCCAUAAUAAUUACGGGCAUUCCCCCAUAAGCACACCAGACGCAGCUCACGUAUCACUUGUGAACUGACGAUUAGCAAUCAAUAACCUAAAAUUAAAAAACUCAAACCGACCUUCGCUUUAAAAAUCCCAAAACGUAUUGAAAUCAGUAUCAGACGCAAAACAGUUUUGCAGCCAAGCGGACGCGCCUUGAGAGCAAAAUAAAAAAAUUGAAAUGAAAAUGUUAUUGCUAAUUGCGCUUUUGUUAAUAGCUGCUGCUAAUUGUUAUCCACAGCAAUUUAGCAAUUGGAAUGAUGCAGGCGCUAUAGGUGGUCAGCCCAUAAGAUUCAACAGUCGCACUACAACACCGCGGCCGCCCUUUGUGGAUGCAGGCAGCAUCGGUGGACAGCCCAUAAGAUUUGGCAGCACUACGACCACAGCUAGACCUGCAGUCUCCACGACGCCCUCGGCGCGUUAUCUGGCCUGCUUCAAUCGCUGUCAGGCUACCAGUGAAUAUAAUCCCAUAUGCGGCAGCGACAAUGUCAACUAUUAUAAUCCAGGACGCUUUGAUUGCGCCUUGCGAUGCGGACUGGCUAUACAACAGAGACACUUGGGUGUGUGCGCUACAACAUAAACAGUCAAUAGCCUAGACUCUAGCUAUAUCUUCUAGUUUUAAUCUCGCUGAUUUUUUUGACCUUAGCGCCAACUCAAAUAAAAAACAAAGCAACGCCAAAA